AUGUGGGCACAAGGCGUGCUCGGUGUCAGUGAUCCUCGCUUGCUCACAAAUUGUANNGUUUGCGGUAUCGAGUACGACUAUAACCUCGCCGACAACUCGAGCACCAUCAGGCGAGUUAUGCCCAUUGCUGGCCAGUAUGCCGGGUCUCACGGUAGAUUUCUGGAUCCGGAGUGGACUCGUCUGAAGAACUCUCCUUCACACGAUGAUGCCAACAAGGAGGGGUUGAGAGUGGAACUACAUGGAGGAAGAUAUCCCUUCGAGAAGUCCGACGGGCGCCAGCAANAGGCCAUCAUCGAGUUCCAGUGCGAUCGCAACAGGACCGGUCUGGAGGGUUCUGAGCAUGACACGCGCGACAAGCUUGACGAGGAACAAGAAGCGGAACGAGUAGUGAUUCGCACUGAGUCUGACGACAAGAAGGAUGACAAGAAGGACGACAAGAAGGACGAGGAAAAGCCCGUCGAGGAUGCCAGCCUGAAGCUAAUCAGCUACAGGUCAGAGGGAGAGGGCGAUGCCGAGUUCGAUGUCUUGCGCCUACAAUGGAAGACAAAGUAUGCAUGCGAAGGCAUGACUGAACACAAGCCUACCUCUGGCAACAACUCCAGCAAACACUGGGGCUUUUUCACCUGGUUCCUCAUCAUCAGCAAGUAUGGCUCGCAAGGCUUCGACUCAGUACCACACGCGGAUUUCUGGCGUGAUCUGCCGUACACUGUCAAGGACUGGGGCCGCUCGAUUGUUGGUAUGGUCCAAGGACGCACCAGCCGUGGAGGCUACAGUGCGGUCUAA